UAUCCGUUUCCACGACAGCCUCAAAAUAUCCAAAUCUGCAACGUUGUUAUUUUGUAGUCAAUUUCCGUAACAGCGAUUUCCCUUUCGAAAUCAAUCGUAUCAGAAUCUAUGCUCCAGUAUAUUCUCUGAACUCGAACCCUCUAAUCGCCUGAUUCUCCCGCUUUUGAUCAUUGCUGCUUCCAUGGCUUCCAUUUCUAGAAUCAUACUCAAAGACUAUAAGCUUGGAGCAUAUGAUGUUCUGCUUAAUCCUGUCUCUCCCGCUCUUACUUCCAAGCGUCAUAAUCAUACCCAUUUGGUUGUAACAAGUGGGCUUUCUCUGCCUGAUGGAAGAAGCCUUGCAAUCAGAAGCAAGUUGAAGGCUCCAACUGGCGCUGUUGCGAUAACUUCUUCAAUGAAUCAACUGUCAAGGUUUGGGGACUCUCAAAUUUUGUGCAAGGCUACAACAGAUGUAUCUGGAAAUCUUCCCGAAAGAGCUGGAAGGAUGAGCCGCUAUGAGAGAGUGAUUGAAACCUUAACCACUCUUUUUCCAGUGUGGGUCAUCUUGGGGGCCAUUGUUGGCAUUUACAAGCCAGCUGCUGUAACUUGGUUGGAGACAGACCUGUUUACCCUUGGCUUGGGUUUCCUUAUGCUGUCCAUGGGCUUGACAUUGACAUUUGAGGAUUUCAGACGAUGUCUACGGAAUCCAUGGACUGUGGGUGUAGGAUUUCUUGCACAAUAUCUGAUCAAACCCAUGUUAGGGUUUGUUAUUGCAAUGGCUCUAAAACUUUCAGCCCCUCUAGCAACUGGUCUUAUUCUGGUCUCAUGCUGCCCUGGAGGUCAGGCAUCAAAUGUUGCUACCUACAUAUCCAAGGGAAAUGUUGCCCUUUCUGUUCUUAUGACAACGUGUUCAACAAUUGGAGCUAUUGUAAUGACACCCCUCCUAACAAAGCUUCUUGCUGGCCAACUUGUUCCAGUUGAUGCUGCUGGCCUAGCUAUUAGCACAUUUCAGGUUGUUUUAGUGCCAACAAUUGUGGGAGUGUUGGCAAAUGAAUUUUUCCCCAAGUUCACCUCUAAGAUAAUUACAGUUACACCUUUGAUAGGAGUCAUUUUGACCACUCUUCUUUGUGCUAGCCCUAUUGGGCAAGUUGCAGAUGUCUUGAAAACUCAAGGCACGCAAUUGAUAUUGCCAGUUGUCAUUCUACAUAGUGCUGCAUUUGCUCUAGGUUAUUGGAUUUCAAAAAUCUCAUUUGGUGAAUCAACAUCUCGCACGAUAUCUAUAGAGUGUGGGAUGCAGAGCUCAGCACUGGGAUUUUUGCUUGCUCAGAAGCACUUUUCAAACCCACUUGUGGCAGUUCCUUCUGCUGUUAGUGUUGUUUGCAUGGCGCUUGGAGGUAGUGCUCUUGCUGUGUUUUGGAGGAACAGACCAAUUCCCCUUGAUGAUAAAGAUGACUUCAAGGAAUAAUAAUUUCUUGCCCAUCCUCAUUAUUGCUUCUCCUCGUGAUAUCUUUAAAGUAGAAGGGAAGUUUUUAUCAUUUUGAAUUCAGGGGUCACACGAUGUUGCAAUGCUUGGAAUUCAGGACGCAUGAACUGGGGAGAGUUGCAAUUAUGGAUAUUAAGGGAAAUUACAAGUAAGGAUUUCCUAAGAAAAUUAAUGCCAAAUUAGGUUUUCUUCACAACUAAAGUUUCCAAAUUCAAUACUCAUUCUCCUAUAUUUUAGUACUAAAAAUCUUAAUUUGACCUUAAACUUCUUAUGAGAUCCUUACUUGUUUUCUCCUAGAUAUUAAUAUUAUAUUUUGGAUUAAGGUCCCUUGUAGGUUUGCUCCCAGUUAUGAUUUUGUCUUAGGAUUUAAGAAAAUUUUAAUUGGAGGAUUAUGUUUGAUCCAUUCUCCAAUAUUAGUUGUGCUGUAGUUGGUAAGGCCCUCCCUGAAGUCAUCAAUGUACAAUGUCCCCCCUCACAGGUUGUUGAGUAUCUUGGAUCUGUUUGUUAAUUGAUAUUAAUUUUUUAUCUUAGAUAAUCUUAAAUAGAUAUCUUUUGAA